AUGACUGCAGAGAGAUUGCUGCUGCGUUUCCUAUUUCUACAUGGGACCCUUGCACUUUCAGGGAACUUUUGGCACAUCACCGACCUGCACUGGGACCCAAGUUAUGAAGUGACAAAUGGCAAUAAACUCAUGUGUGAGUCCAAUAAUUCAAAACCGGUGUCCCAGGUGGGUCUAUUUGGAAGCUACGCAUGCGAUUCACCCUGGAAACUCAUCAACUCAUCCAUCGUUGCCAUGAGCGAAAUUCUCCCAAAUCCGGAUUUCAUCGUGUGGACAGGAGACGACACGCCACAUGUUCGCGACGAGAAACUGAGCGAAGAAAAGGUUCUCCGCAUUAUCGGCAACCUAACACAACUUAUUCAAAGUGUUUUCCCAAAUACCAAAGUGUACUCUGCCUUGGGUAACCAUGACUACCACCCCAAGAGCCAGCUUCCUGGUCACUCCAGUGACAUGUACAACAAAACGGCAAAGUUGUGGCAACGAUGGUUGAAGCAAAAGUCAAUGGAAACCUUCCAAAAAGGCGGGUACUACACGGAAAAGCUCCUAGAUCGUCCAGGUUUCAGGAUGCUGGUGCUAAAUACGAAUCUCUACUACAACCGCAACAACGCUACAGAGAAUGACAAGGAUCCAGCCGGCCAGUUUAAAUGGGCAGAGGAAAUCCUCACAAAGGCGGCCGAAGACAAAGAGAAGGUGUACAUCAUCGGUCACGUCCCUCCGGGGAUGUUCGAGAAGAAGCGGGGCCACUUUUGGUACAGGCCGCAGUUCAAUGAGCGCUACCUAGCACUCAUUCAGAAUCACCACGCCGUAAUCAAGGGACAGUUCUUUGGCCACCAUCACACCGACACUUUCCGCAUGUUCUACGACUCCAAAGGCGUUCCCAUCAGCACUAUGUUCAUCAGCCCGGGUGUGACACCGUGGGAGACAACACUCCCUGGCGUCAAGAACGGCGCUAACAAUCCCGGCAUUCGCAUUUUCGAAUAUGACACCGACACACUCCUGGUUCAAGACGUGGUGGCGUACUACCUGAAUCUGACACGUGCAAACACCAAACAGGACAACUGGGAGAAGGAGUACCGUCUGACCGAGAGCUUCCAGGUGAUGAAUGCCUCUCCGACGUCCAUGCACCAGGUCCUUGAAGGCAUCUCAAAGGACAACUGCCGCCUGCAGCAGUACUACCGUUUCAACUCGGUCAACUUUGACUUGAGCGAGUGCGACCGAAAAUGCCGGGCCUCUCACGUGUGCGCCGCACGUGAAGUCGAUUUCCAAAGGUAUGAAAACUGCGUAGCCAGAGAGGUGGCCCCAGCCAGUUUCGGAGGAUGGCUGCUGAGCAUCCUUAGCGUAGCCGUUAGCUUCUUGUUUGUUUUUGCUUAG